UGAGGGCCCUGUUACCACCGGAUGUGGAAGUUGAUCUCUUCGCUGCGCUGUACCUCUGAGGAUUUAACAUAGAAUGAAGCUGAGUGGCGUGGAGACUUGACUUGCAGCUCGGCCCCCCUUGAUUAGUGUUACUGUCUGAAUGUACCCGGUUUCCUUGAGACUCACAAGUUCCUCUCAAAUGUCCCUGGUAGAUUUGGGAAAGAAGCUUUUAGAAGCGGCACGUGCAGGUCAAGAUGAUGAAGUUCGUAUUUUGAUGGCAAAUGGCGCUCCUUUUACUACAGACUGGCUGGGAACAUCUCCUCUUCACCUGGCAGCACAGUAUGGGCAUUACUCCACCACCGAGGUACUACUCCGAGCUGGUGUAAGUAGAGAUGCCAGAACCAAAGUGGACCGAACACCGUUACAUAUGGCAGCUUCAGAGGGCCACGCCAGCAUAGUAGAGGUCUUGCUUAAGCAUGGUGCUGAUGUGAAUGCAAAAGACAUGUUGAAGAUGACUGCACUGCACUGGGCCACAGAGCACAAUCAUCAAGAAGUGGUGGAGCUUCUAAUCAAAUAUGGUGCUGACGUACACACACAAAGUAAAUUUUGUAAAACUGCAUUUGAUAUUUCAAUAGACAAUGGAAAUGAAGAUUUAGCAGAGAUUUUACAGAUUGCAAUGCAGAACCAAAUCAACACAAACCCAGAGAGUCCUGACACGGUGACCAUCCAUGCUGCAACACCACAGUUCAUCAUCGGCCCCGGAGGGGUCGUGAACCUAACAGAUGAAACGGGAGUGUCAGCCGUUCAGUUCGGAAACUCUUCCACAUCAGUAUUAGCUACAUUAGCUGCCUUAGCAGAAGCAUCUGCUCCCUUGUCCAAUUCUUCAGAAACUCCAGUUGUGGCCACGGAGGAAGUGGUCACCGCAGAAUCUGUCGAUGGAGCAAUUCAGCAAGUGGUUAGCUCGGGGGGCCAGCAAGUCAUCACGAUAGUCACCGACGGAAUUCAGCUGGGAAAUUUGCACUCUAUCCCCACCAGUGGCAUAGGGCAACCCAUCAUCGUGACCAUGCCAGACGGACAGCAAGUGCUGACAGUACCAGCCACUGACAUCGCUGAAGAAACUGUCAUAAGCGAAGAGCCGCCAGCUAAGAGACAGUGUAUCGAAAUAAUUGAAAACCGGGUGGAGUCCGCAGAAAUAGAAGAGAGAGAAGCUCUUCAGAAACAGCUGGAUGAAGCCAAUCGAGAAGCACAGAAGUAUCGGCAGCAACUUCUUAAAAAAGAGCAGGAAGCAGAGGCCUACAGACAGAAACUAGAAGCUAUGACCCGUCUUCAGACAAAUAAAGAAGCUGUCUAGUAGAAAUGAACAUGUAGUUCGGUUUUACUUUUUGGUCAAGAAUGCGAUCUGGAACUGCGCCCUCUAAGGGUAGAGUCAUGGAAACCCAGGCGAACAGAGACUACAGAUUAUUGAUAAUUGGACUUAAGCCAUGAGCUCUGAAUUCUUGUAACAUAAAACUUGACUCGAGAACUUGUGAAAUGUAUUUAAAACUGAAUUCUGUAAAUAGUUUUUGUUGGUUUUUUUUUUUACAGUUUCAAAUGAGUUGAUAAAGAUUGUUUAAGAGAUCCAAAAACCACAAUAAGUCACUGUUAUUGUGAAUUCUUUUUGAAUUUAGUACAAAAACCUUAAUUUCUCAGAAGCAGAACAGUUUUAAGGGUGAUCGUUGUUGAUUAGACCAAAUGUUAUAUAAUUAUGGUGGACCGAUGCUGGUAAUACUUUUGUAGGUUUAAACUUCUAUAUGAAGAGAAAACUUUUCCCAGGAAAUCUCUGUACAACUUCAAGUUGUCUCAGAUUUUCUGAAAACAUUUUUUUUUUUUUUAGAAAGCAAGAUUUUUUUUUAUAUCUGUUCAAUUUCAGCUAUGCCCAAGUAGAUUGACAUGUAUAUGAAGCAAAUAUUUUUUAAGCUUUUUUCUGUUUGUACAUAUUCUGCACGUUUUAUCAUUUCAAAAUGCAUCCCAUGCAUAAGUAUUUUUUUUCCCACAAAGAUGAUGCAAAUUUCCGGAAGAAAAAAAUAUCCUUUUAGUCUAGAGGUCAUUGAAAGUAAGUAAGCUAGCAGCUGGUUUUAUUGGAAUGACAAUGUUCUUCAGAAGGAGCGGCUUACCACGUAAACUUGAAUUUGCAAAUUGCAAA